UCGCUUGUAUCUCUCGGUGUGCAACUCAGCGCUCAACAAACAUGCCCCAGGCCGAAACCCAGAGUUUGUUCACUACAUACUUCAUCCUACUUGUCCUGCUCAUCGCGCUAUGGAUGUUAUACGCAGGCCUAUUUUAGGCCGUGACGUUGCCGGUUAGUGUACAAGCAGAAGCGAAUUUAGCAGAAUGAUUUAGAGCGUCGGUGAUGCCACAAUGGAGACUGGUGGCGGCAAGUGCGCGGCGUGCGGCGUGCAGCACGGCGGCCGCGAGCCGCACGUGUACGAGUACGCGGCCGCCGUCGACGACGACCUCACGUGCCAUAUCUGCCUGCAGCCGCUGGUGGCGCCCGUCGACAUGGCGUGCGGACACACCUUCUGCGAGCCGUGCCUGCGCGGCUACCUGCGCACGCACCGCGCCUGCCCCGUCGACCGCCAGCCCGUGCCGCACAACCAGCCGCUCUGCUCGCCGUCCAGCUUCGUGCUACGCAAAUUGUUAGAAAAGUUAUCCGUCAAGUGUCCCAACACAGAUGUUUGUGAUAAAGUGCUCUCAAGAGGCGACCUCCAGGAUCAUCUUAAAAAAAGGUGCCCGGCGACUGUGAAUCCGGAGAAAGCCCAGACUCAGCACCAAGUUAACAAAAGUUCCUCUUGCUCAUCCCGGCCACGCACAAAAUCCGUCCAACACGAUGUCCAUCAAAAAGGUAUCACACGACUGCCUGUGCUAGAAGGAGAAAUCAGCCAUAUAGAGAUACCACGAUUGUCCACAAACCUAGGAAUCACCAUCGUUGGUGGAGCUGAUACUGCCUUGCACUGCAUUGUGGUGCAAGAAGUAUUUGAAGAUGGUUUAAUAUCCCAGGAUGGUCGUCUGCGCCCUGGUGAUCAACUCAUCGAAAUUAAUGGGACAGACAUGACAAAUGCCACACAUCACCAGGCAUGCCAGGCUCUAAGGAAAUUAUGUCCUGUCCUACGCCUCGGUGUCUACCGUGAAAGAAUUGAAAGUUAUGCCGCCCGCUCUUCAUCUCAUUAUGUAGAAGAGGUUCACACUGUAACACUUGAACAUCAGCCAAAUCAGCAGCUUGGUGUUCGCCUGAGUGGUUGGUGGAUGGAACCAGGUAUUUUUAUAAUGGAAAUCAUGCAGGGCAGUCCUGCUGCGCAAAGUGGACACCUAGAACCUUAUGAUCGCAUUCUGUCUGUCAAUGGCAAAGACUUGGCAAGCUGUUGGCUUGAUCAGGCUUCAAAGCUAAUUCAGAGCAAUGAAUGUGUAACACUUGUGAUUGCACGAAAAAAGCUGAAAAGACCACCACCAGAACAGGAGAAAGCCGAUCGGCUCCCACCUUUAUACCAUGGUCGGACAAAAUCAGCACCAGAGACCUUAGGUAGCCCGGAUAAAGUGUUGUCACAGUGUUUUGCUGUAUCUCGUUCAUCUGAUGUUGUGCCAGCAACAUAUGCUGCACGUGAACGACUACACAGCCAGUCUUGUGACGCUCUCCACAUGGAGUCAAUAGAAACUGUUGCACAGCCACAGACAUCGGAUAAUACACCAAAUAAUGUCCGGGAAGUGGCAGAAGAUUCAUCCAUCCAAAGGAGCUCAUAUGCUUCUAAUUUUUCAAUGCAGCAGAAGUGUGUGACUAUUCAUAAGGAUCCAAAAGAAAAUCUUGGAAUGCGCAUAGGUGGUGGAAUUGGAAGUAAUGAAGGAGACAUACCAAUUUACAUUGCAAAUAUUCACCCUCAAGGCUGUGUUGGAAGAACAAUGCGGAUAUUGAAAGGAGAUAUUUUAUUGAAUGUAAAUGGAACCAGCCUCCUUGGUCUUACUCACACACAAGCAGUAGCUAUAUUGAAAGCUACAGUAGAAAAGAGAGAAGUAACUCUUGAAGUUCUUGAAGGUCCUGAAACAUCAGCAGGUUCACUCAACUUUAUACCAUCCUGGGUUUACUGGCAAAAAUUACCAAGGUGCCUUCAGUUUCCAAAAACUGUAGUCUUACACAGGAUCCCAGGCUCUAGUCUAGGAUUCAGCAUUGUUGGUGGCGAAGAUCCUGUGCGAGGUCCGGAAGCUAUACACAUUCUUUUUGUUGUACAAAACUCACCAGCAGCUAAGGAUGGAAAAUUAAGGUGUGGAGAUCGUCUUUUGGCAGUGGAUGGACACAGUCUGGAGAAUGUAAAACAUUCAGCGGCAGUGAAAAUGUUAAAACAAACAGGCAGUAAGGUGACUCUCGAGGUUGUCUCUUGGCUAGGAACAGAGUUAUAAGUGAAGUGAAUAUGUUUCCAAAAAUAAAAUUAUUGCAUUGUACUUGUACUGAGGACUGAUGUGGUUGGUGUUUUAGCCCCAAAGAGUUGAUUAUUUCUAAUGUUUGUGAUCUGAGUUUCUGAAAAAAAAUGUGUAUUGUACACAUUUCCAAAAGUCUUCUGACAGUUAUAUCUGUGUGUAUGUGUACAUAUGUCCAUCUACUAUUUUAUAAAAUGGUUAUUUCAUAAAUUCGUGAGAAAUUGAAGUAAGACAUGAAAAAUUUUACUAUAGAUGCUAUUUUGUAUACCAGAAAUGACAAAUUUAUGGCAUUCAUCUCAGAUAUCAAUAUGAUAUUAAAAAUUUCUAUGUGCUUAAGAUUGGUACACACCUCCAACAGUUAGAUUUGUACUAUUCUGGAUGAACAGUGCUAUGUCAGAUAUUACGUGGUAGCAUGUUGAAUUUUUAAAUCAGCCGUGGAGAAAAAAAAUGAUGUUGCCCUACAUUGAGGUGCUUCACAUAUAUUUUAAGAUCCUCUGAUGUCAGAUUUAUGUUUUGGGGAGCACAGACUAUGAAAUUGGAUUGAAAUUUCUUAUAUAACAAUACACUUGUGCUAAUAAAUUUGAAAACUUAUGCUUUAGACAAGUACAGGGUGUAUGUGUAUCACAUACUUUUUCAUGUAACUGGUGGAAAAAAAUUAAGUUGAAUAUCCCAUGUACUCUGUUAUUUCAUGAUUUGCUGUAUAAGAAAUUGGACCACUUUUGCAUCCAUAUUCAGCAUUUUCCACAUUCUUGUGAUGUAUGCAGUUAGCUGUUACAACUAUAAUAAUGCAGCUACUUGAUUACUUCUAUUAUCAAAUAAGAAAUAAUCUUAUCAAUGUUACAUCUUCAAUAUUGUCAGUGGGACAUCACAAGAUUUUGGACAAUUGGACA